GGCGGAACCUGGGGCGAGGAAGGACCGGCCUCGUAUCCAUGCCGUGAGCUGCCCCGGUCUCGGAAGGCUGGACGGGAGCGUCCCCGAGGAAACGCCGGCUGUGUGGAAGAAAAUGUCAGUCAGCAUGCAUGAGAAUCGCAAAUCUAGAGCCAGCACUGGCUCCAUAAACAUAUAUCUGUUCCACAAAUCUUCAUAUGCUGAUAGCGUUCUCACUCAUCUAAACCUUCUGCGCCAACAACGUCUUUUUACGGAUGUACUUCUCCAUGCUGGGAGCAAGUCAUUCCCUUGCCAUAGAGCUGUCUUAGCUGCUUGCAGUCGAUACUUUGAAGCCAUGUUCAGUGGAGGACUCAAGGAGAGCCAAGCCAGUGAAGUCAACUUCCAUAAUUCCAUCCACCCAGAGGUUCUAGAACUUCUCCUGGACUAUGCAUACUCCUCAAGGGUCAUCAUCAAUGAAGAAAAUGCUGAGUCUCUUCUGGAGGCUGGAGACAUGUUGGAGUUUCAAGACAUCAGAGAUGCUUGUGCAGAAUUCCUGGAGAAAAAUCUCCAUCCUACUAACUGCCUCGGCAUGCUGCUUCUGUCUGAUGCUCACCAGUGUACCAAACUCUAUGAGCUCUCUUGGAGGAUGUGCCUUAGCAACUUCCAGGCUAUCAGCAAAAGCGAAGAUUUUCUCCAGCUCCCAAAAGACAUGGUUGUGCAGCUCCUGUCUAGUGAAGAAUUGGAGACUGAAGAUGAACGUCUGGUGUAUGAGUCUGCCAUGAAUUGGAUUAACUAUGAUCUGAACAAACGCUACUGUUAUCUUCCAGAACUUUUGCAGACUGUGAGACUGGCUCUUUUGCCAGCCAUCUAUCUGAUGGAGAACGUGGCUACCGAGGAGCUUAUCACCAAGCAAAGGAAGAGCAAAGAGAUUGUUGAAGAAGCAAUAAGGUGCAAGUUGAAGAUUUUGCAGAACGACGGUGUCGUCACCAGUUUGUGUGCGAGGCCUCGAAAAACUGGCCAUGCCCUAUUUCUUUUAGGAGGACAAACCUUUAUGUGUGACAAGUUGUACCUGGUUGACCAAAAAGCAAAGGAGAUCAUCCCCAAAGCUGACAUCCCAAGCCCAAGGAAAGAAUUCAGUGCAUGCGCUAUCGGCUGUAAAGUCUAUAUUACAGGUGGCCGGGGAUCUGAAAACGGCGUCUCUAAAGAUGUUUGGGUGUAUGAUACACUUCAUGAAGAGUGGUCCAAGGCUGCUCCCAUGCUAGUAGCUCGGUUUGGUCAUGGUUCUGCUGAACUCAAACAUUGUCUAUAUGUUGUUGGAGGGCACACAGCAGCCACUGGUUGCCUCCCAGCUUCUCCUUCAGUAUCCUUAAAGCAAGUAGAACAGUAUGAUCCUGUGACCAACAAAUGGACAAUGGUUGCUCCACUUCGAGAAGGAGUAAGCAAUGCAGCUGUAGUCAGUGCAAAGCUGAAGCUGUUUGCCUUUGGCGGUACCAGUGUCAGCCAUGAUAAGCUCCCCAAAGUUCAGUGUUACGACCUUUGCGAAAACAGAUGGACAGUACCAGCCACCUGCCCCCAGCCAUGGCGAUACACAGCUGCAGCUGUUCUGGGCAACCAGAUCUUUAUUAUGGGUGGAGAUACUGAAUUCUCCGCAUGCUCGGCUUAUAAAUUCAACAGUGAAACUUACCAGUGGACUAAAGUGGGAGAUGUUACAGCUAAGAGAAUGAGCUGCCAUGCAGUAGCGUCGGGAAACAAGCUGUAUGUUGUUGGGGGAUAUUUUGGCAUCCAGAGAUGCAAGACGCUAGAUUGCUAUGACCCCACUCUCGAUGUAUGGAACAGCAUAACCACAGUGCCCUACUCCCUAAUUCCCACUGCAUUUGUGAGCACAUGGAAGCAUCUCCCUUCUUAACUGCAUGGGUGCCUAUACAGCUUGUUCCAUUAUUUGGUGAAGAAAUGUUGGAACUGUGGAGAAGCAGCUUUAAUGAAGAAGAAAAAAACUGUUCCUUUUUAUUUUGAGUUUGAAGAAAAUAUUCUGCACCUUCUAAAUUCUUAAAAAGCUGGAAAUGAAGGAAUGGGAGGGAGAAUGUUGUCUUCAGUAUAUCAGCACAUAGUUUAACUAUGAAUGAAUGAACCUAUGAUCCGAUCCCUGUGUUAGUAAUUGUGGAUUAAUGUCAAGUUUAAUCAGCCCUUCAAAGCGGGGGGAAGCUGAACUUUUCAGAGCUGCACAACACAGCACAAACCCUCGAUUUUCAUGGACUUUGCUGUUUGUGUGCAAAAUUUGAAAUGGUUGUCACCUCUCCUUUGUGACAGCUUGAAGUGUCAGCAGCAGCUGCUGAGGAAAUGGGCCAGGUCUGGAGCAGCAAGAUGUCUUUGUGAAUGAAGAUGCAGCUGUAUCCCCUGCCACAGGGAAGGGCUUGUUCUCUUAGGCAGUGCCUGGAGCAUCGGUUCAAAUUGCUGAGCUGCAUUGUUGUAGCUGCAGCGAGUGACCUUCUACUUGCUAAGGAGCAGCACACCUAUUAAAAAAGAGAGAAAAAAAGGAGGUUUUUUGCAGCAUUUUGUGGGCGAAGGGAAAUAACUCUAUUUUCCCCACUCCCCACGCAUUUGAUUUCCUCUUGUAUUUAUUAAUUACGACUGUCCUACUCUUAAAUUGUUACUUGUUGUAGAUAUAGCUAUUUAUUGUUCAGUGCUUGCAUGCGGAGGGAACGAUGCCUACAGUUGUCUUUUAAGGGCUUAUGUGAAUCGUAUGUUUUGCACAUUCUGUGGUCUCGUGACUUGCUGUGCUGCACAAGAAGAAAAAGUGCUGAGUAAUAUUUGGGGAGAGGAGAAAUGAGGUAAGGAAAUUGAAGGAUUACAAGGUAGCAUCUUAAAUUACACGUAUACUGAAGGAGGAAGCCAUGGAGGUCACUUUCUCAGGCCACUGUUUUGCGUGGCUUGCCAGUGGUAUCCCUGUUACACUUGAUUUGCCUAGCGUUACCUUUUUUUUUUUUGGAAGGAACUCAUCUGGAAGUAGCCACUGUCACUUAACAGUUUUCUUCUUGUGCAGCCUCAUCGCUACUGGAAAAGGGGUGUGUGUGGAAAGCCCCUGCAGAAUUAAUUUACACAGAGCCCUGUUCAUGGCAUUAUCCAACAUUUUAUUUUUGUUUAUUUAUUUAUUUAAAGUUAGCCGAUGGGAUGUCUACUAUGGACCCACUUCAUCCAACCGUGGGAAGUAUUUUUGAUUCAGAGAUACACAGCAAAAUAAGUGGGGAAGCGUUUUUUUCUCCUUUAUUUUUUAAAAUUAACACCGACUCUUUGUCCAUCCACUUUUGAAUUUGAAUUGUACACACACACACACACACACACACACAUACCAUCAGUGUCUUACAAGGUUUGGCAUGAUUGUUAGGAUGACAAAGGAGAAAAGUUGCUCAAGCAUUGGUUUAAUAAUAAUAAUAAUAAUAAUAAUAAUUCCUUCAUUAAUUAGCAAGUUAAGCUUUCAAAUGCAUACUAUCUGGAAGCAUCACAUAGGAUCACGAUCAAAGUCCCAUCCCCUGGAAUUUAUUUUUUUAGUUCUUACUUUCAAGCCUGAUCAUUCCAUUCCAUUCUUGGUUUGUUUAUUUUUUCACACUUUGUGUCUUUGCCAGACUUUUAGUUGUGCUAUCCAUGAGAAUCGGUGCAGCUCAACCAGCGUAAAGCUGCCAGUCCUCAUUGUGAUUGGUUGUCUUGUCUUAAUGUUGUAUAAGCAAAAUUACUUUAAAAUGCAUGCAUGCAUGCCUAAAAGGAAUUAUGAUGAUGCCUGCCUACAUAAUGAUGAUGAUGAUGAUGUAGCUCAACUCUUCACACUCUUCACCAUAUGGGAAACACAGUAAUCUUACAUUGCAUUCCUUUGAGUGCUUACACAGAAGUAAACCCACACCGCAUUGCGUGGGGCUUACUUCUUAGUAAGUAUGUUUAGGAUGGCAUUAUCAGUCUUAAAACUCUUCUCAUGCUGCCAUAGGCUAAUUCUGCAGACUCAAUUACGUGCAUUUCUUAUGUAUUCCUAUUCGCUUUAAUGAGAAAUGGGUGUGUGUGCAAUUUUGCAAAUAGCGAGUAGUGGUUCUUAGCAUGGCUAGCCAGAAAGGUUUUUAAGAAACACUGAACAGUAUGCACCAUAAAGUUUGAUUUGCAGACCACUGUUUUGAUUUGCAUGUUUUUGACCAGCUUUGACAUUUUCAGGUAUUACAGCUGUAUCAAGGGAGGCUGUUUGAGUGGAUUCUAGAACAAAGCUCUUUUCAAACUUUGAUUCAAAUGUACCGAGUGCCUGGGGUGGAGGAAAAAUGAAAGUGUUCCUAAAUGCCAUCGAUCAUUUUUCAGUGUAUUGGCUAUUGAGGGCCAGUACCCUCAGGACAGCUGCACUGGGGUGCAGUAGGACAGGUGAUAAGAUUUGCUGCAGGUCACUCUCUGCUCUAGAAAGGGCUGUUGGCAUUUACUGUUUGUUUGUUUAAGAAUCACUUGCUCAAGUUGGCUCUGAAAAGGAUUCUUAUACACAGCAACAACAUAAAAUGCCAGUAAGUUUAGUAAGAAAUUGUGAAAGAUUGGAAACUCUCUUUCAGGUAAAGCAUAGUGGAUGACUUAAAAACCUGGGGAAAGCUAUAGAACAUUGCUUUUACAAACAAACAAAAAAAUACCCAAACUUAAAUUUGGUUUGUAUAAAGUCUACCACCACAAACCCUUUAUGCAAGGGUUGUCUCUCACUUUUGGUUUGGAGGUGCCUCUGUCCUCCCAUAAAAGAAAAAAUAACCUGUAAAGCCUUGCCGAACUAUAAUCAUGUUUUUGCAUUCACUUAACACAGGCAUGCAUUACUCCCAAGGUGUUUUGAGUAAAUGGCUCAAAACCCUUUGUUUAGGGAAGUGACAGAAUCCUGUCUGCAGCAGCUCUCUCUAUAACUGUUUAGCUUAUGACACAAAUCUGUUUUGUAAUACCAUCCAAUUUCCUGAAGCGCCUGAAGUCUCCACAGUUGUAUUUCAAAGCAGUGGUUUGCUUUCAAGUCCUUGGAUUUAAUUCCUGGGCCUAGGUUGAAGAAAACAAAAAACCAGGGUGGCCCCUAGCCCUGCAGGCAAAUAUUUUGGGUUCCCGCUCUUUGAAUAGACGUGGGAAUCCUGGCUUACUACUUGGCGAUUCCAGUCCGAAAAACACCCUACACUUCUGAGAGAAAUGCAAUUCACACCAGAGUACACACAAAAACCUUGGCAUAAGACGAGAAAAGUUCUUAUUUUGUGGGCUGGUUGCUGUGGAAACGUGGAACAAAGGACAGCCUACCACUUCUGGUAUAAUUGUGUAGGCCCUUUUUUCUAGGCCUGACACCUGUCUGAAUAAGAGUGAUUAGAGCUGAAUAGUGUCCCUUGUCUGACAAUUGAAGAUGCGGUUCACGUACAAAAAAACGGGGGUGGGGGAGGGGGGAGGAAAGCCGUACCAGUGAAGAAGUAAAAUAUCUAUGUUGUCUCUCUUUGUUUGCUACUACAUUCUGAGGUUUUGUAAAACUGCAUUUUUUUUUCACAAUGUGAAACUGAAGGUCAAUAAAUUAUUAGAGAUUUUCUCUUCAAUGAA